AUGGAUUGAAUCAUCAAGAUGAAGUAAUUCACCAUGUCGAUGUGAAGCUGUCCUUUUUAUUUUCUUUAUGUUUUCACUACAUAUUUAAUCUACCAUGGGCACUGAUAGCUACACUGGUUAUUGGAGAACCAUAUCUUUGGAUAUAAUUUUUUACUGAGCGCCAAAAAUUGAGAAAACGUAAGGAAUUCGUUGGGAGCCAUGCUUGAGGGGCUGGCAGCAUGGAUACUACGAACUUAUGUUGGAGAAUACGUGGAAAAUUUAAACACAGAUCAACUAUCUAUUGGUGUUGGUACCGUUGACUUGCACAAUCUUCCCCUCAAGAAGACAGCCCUCAGAGGCCUUGACCUUCCUCUUGAAGUCAAAUCAGGUUUCAUUGGUCACUUGCAACUUUCAAUUCCUUUACGCCGUCCCAAGUCAGAACCAUGGAUUAUACAUAUUAAUAAACUGUAUCUUGUUGCUGGUCCCCAACAACUAAAAAAGUACAAUGAAGAGGAGGAAAAACAAGCCCAGUGGACUAGGAAAAAGAGACAACUUGAUGCCUUUGAAGCACAAUGGCAGGAAUCUCAACAGAAAGAUCAGGCAGGAGGGUUCUGGUAUGGUUCCUGGUGGCCAUCUUUGUAUUCAUCAUUCUCCACAACAAUUGUUGAAAAUCUACAGCUUUGUGUUACUGAUGUACACAUUCGAUAUGAAGAUGCCUCAUUGGAUAAACAGUUCCCAUUUGCUUUUGGAAUAACCAUUGAAAAACUCUCUGCUCAGUCUACAAAUGAAAACUGGGAUACUGAAGAAAUAAUUCAAAACGAAAGAACAAUUAAAUAUAAGUUGAUGGACCUGCAGAACUUGGCUGUGUAUUGGGACCAAGAUGUCACUCUUGUUGGUGAUCUUCCAUCCAGUGAUUUAAAGAAUGCACUACAGAGAAUGAUCAACCGUUCUGAAGGCUCAGCUGGAUUCAAUAAACACCAGUACAUCCUAGAGCCAAUAAGUGCACAAGCUAAAGUCAAAAGGAAUGCUAGUGCUUUGCCGUUGAAGGACAAAAAACCUCGGUUUGUUGUCAACUUUCAUGUGGAGAGCAUUCCUUUUUCAUUGGCUGAGUUUCAGUAUAGAAAAAUGAUGAAACUUGUUGGGGAAUUCCAGAGAUGUUUUAGACAGUCAAGAUACAAGAAGUGGAGGCCCACUGUUCCUAUCAAAGAGAAUGCAAAACUCUGGUGGCAGUUUUCUAUUACCUGUAUUCUUCACUUCAUCCAAGAAAGAAACAGACGUCAUUCCUUGUCCUUCGCAAUAGGUCGUGUACAUGAUAUAGUUAUCUAUGUUAAAGCCUAUACUAUGCACCUGACUAAAGCAGUUCUCGAUAACGACAUGAAGGAAGCCAUGGAUAGAAUAGAACAUGAACUAACAUUUGAAGAACUUGUGGUUCUAAGACGAAUUGCAAUGGACAAGGCUGAGAAGGAGAUUGAACUUCAGAAGGAGACAUCUCUUGAGAGUAACUCUACUACUGAACAGCAGUCCACGCCAGCUGUGGCCCUGGCGCAAUCACAAGGCUGGAUCUCAGGCUGGUAUUCAUGGUACUGGCAAGGCACAAACUCUGCAACAACUGCCGCUACCACAACCACAGAUGGUGCAGCACCACCACCACCACCACCACCACUUGUUAUGAGUCCUCCAAGCACAAAAGAGGAAGAAGAAUUUCUUGACGAGUUAAGUAGUCGUCCAGAUCCUCUUAGCAAUCAGUCCAUCUUUAACAGAGACAAAGUGUUUGCACACCUUAAUAUUCACCUCGACAGUGGCUGCUUCAAGCUCUUAAAAGGAAGGGAUACAAAUGGAUGCCCGGCCAAGGUGACACCAAUUAUAGAACUAGAGUUUAACAAUGCACAGUGGGAAUCUGAGGUGAGGCCACAAUCCAGUACAUGGGAGUUCAAGAUGAGUCUUGGUGCUAUUCAUGUUAGAGAUAAAGUCAAUGAAGGAACUCUGUUUCCUGCUUUAGUGUCCCCGCAAGUCAAGAAAUUUAAAGCUGUAAAGUCUCCAGCUCCAUCAACCAAAGCAUCUGUAGGUGCACUAGCCAUGUCAGCAACCAGCUUGGGACUCAAUAUGAUCCAAGAGUUCAGUGAACCCCCUGUUUUUGAAGUGAAAUUUGAACAGCUUCCUCCUAACAGCAAGCUCACUUAUAAUUUCUCCCUGACAACUGAACCUCUAGACAUCACGUACAAUCCUCUGGUUAUUGAGUGCAUAACUGACUUCUUUUCCAAUGACUCAUUAAAUGUCCAGUACAUGAAUGUAGAAAGACAGUUAAAAGAAGCUGCUUGGCUGAGAUAUGAGGAGCUCAAGAAUCAAACCAAGGCUGAGCUGCAACACACCUUGGAUUCAAUGUUGGAAGGUGUAGAAAUGAAUCAUUUUAAAAGGUGGGACAUUCAGCUGGAGAUCUAUGCACCAAGAAUAUUUGUACCUGAAAACUUCAAAAACAGGAAAGCAUCUGUUGUUAUUGUUGAUUUUGGUCACCUGAGUUUCAAGAAUGCUGUAGCAAUCCAAAGAGAGAAGAGAGUAUCAGAAUGUGCAGACAAUGAUCAAGAAGAUGAUUCGUUUGUCACACCUCUAAGCACUCCACCRUCAGAGAGUGAAGAAGAUAUAGAAUGUUCUCCAGAUUUGGCGAUGAAGCUGGCUGAAAGUCUGAACCCAGAGGACCUGCAGAAUGCCAUGUAUGACAAGUACGCGUUAGUCUUGUCAGACAUACAGAUGAUUGUAUGUCACGCCAGAGAUGUCGGCAAAGAGAUAGGACAAGCGUUUGGUUCUACUGACCUGCACGUCUUAGACAAGUUCACCAUCUCUCUCUUCCUCGACAGGAGGAUAAUGUUCACAGCUGACCCUAAAUACCCUGCUCUKUGUCUGUCUGGUAAUCUUCCCAGCUUAGUGUUCCACAUCAACGAGUAUAAGUGUCAUGCAUUAACAAAGUGUGUCAACCAGCUAACCAUUUCCAACACCACCAACCCUUAUCCAAAAGCCUCUCAAUUCACGACAUCAACUCCUACAAGACUUCGAUCCCCGGAUGCUUCAAGYAAAGAAGAUCUCAAUCAAAGUAUGGAUGAGCUGUAUUAUAGUAUGUACAGUAGUCAGGUCACUUUGGACGAAUCACCAAGGGCUAGCAGGAGAUCGAGCAAAGAAAUAAUCGAGUCAGCAGUCGCAAGCAAAACAAGAGAGUUGAUGGAAGAAUCCAAAUUAAUCAUGCUACAGUUUAGCAUCGAUCAGGUGUCGUGUGGGGUGCAUAGUAGAGGUCGCUUAAUAGCCGAGUUACAAGUCCAUGGUGUGUCAGCGGAGUACCUCAAAAGACCAUAUGACAUGUCCAUGUCUCUUAAGGUCCAUGGGUUGCAAUUGGUUGAUGCUAUACAGGGAUAUGGACCUGAGUAUGAGCUACUGCUGUCUUCAUCACGGAGGAACUGGAUGGAUUCUACUGUCCAAAGUACACCGAAGAAAGAUGACAGAAGUCUUGCAGAAGCAGUUUCAAGUGCAUUUUCAGCCAUGGCAGACUUCAUGAUGACUGGAACAAAAGAGAAAACUACACCAUUSAACCAAUCAGUUGCCUCAAGCGAAGCAACAAUGACAGGCAGCGAUGAAGACUUGAUUUUGUUGGAGUAUAACCAAGUCAGCGAAGAAUGUCCUUCUGCUGACAAGGCUUUAAGACUCGCUACUUUGCAGUUUAAUACCCUUAAUUGCAUUGCUAACCAAGAUACUCUCGCAAUACUAAUGCAGUUCUUUAGUUCUGCUUUUCCAAGUGAAGAAGAUGGUUCACCUGCUCGUCUGGACUCGGUUCCUGAAGAACCGUCGCCAGCAUUAGAUGGAAAUAAUUAUGGACAGGAGAAAGAAGCGCAACCAUCCCUAGAAGUCAAUGCUACGUUUCGCUCCAUGAAUGUCCUACUGAUCAGAAACACUAAAAUCAACAACAUCAAAACUGUCAGAAAAGUAGCAGAAGUCACCGUCAGUGAGGUCCAGAUCACUGCCUCGUUUAUUGAGGGACAAUCAAUAUCAGGGUCUCUAGGGGGUCUACGAAUAAUGGACCUUACUCCCGAAGGCUCCCUCCAUCGUUGUGUCCUUACUUGUGGGGUAACCAUGGAAACAGAACUACCGUCCGAGAACCCUUAUUUUUUAACAAGACUACCUGACGAUAACGACGAAUCACCUGCGGAUUCGCGUGCUUUUAAGUUUUCWCUUCUCCGUCCWACAGCAAGUCAAAAGUGUUCUACUGUUAUUUUGAACCGUUUACCGUCGAGUGARAAGGAAAUUGCCGAAAUUGCUCGAAAUGUUCAAGUUAGUAUAAGCAUGGCAACGGUGCAAUAUACGCACACACAUAGGUUUUUAUCAGAGUUAAUGCUCUGUGCAGGAGACUUUGCAGAUUCGGCCAAAGARGUUGGGGAGAGUCUUCGCCAGGCUGCUAGYAGUGUUGCUAUGGGACUUGUAAGUAAAAGAAAGGCUCUUGUUGAUGAACUAGAUUACUUGUCGUCGUCUUUUAUUGCGCCGAGCCGUGACCCAGACACCCAUGGGUCRCGCAGACACAGCUUCCUUAGUGAUGAAGGUAUUGCGAAUGAACUWMUCUUAGAAGGACAAGACUUUGAAGACGAUAGGACUAACAAACCCAACCAACGUGUCUACAUAUCUGUAGAAAUAAAUGCUCCUGUGGUCCAUUUUCCUCGAUCUUCGUCCAGUCCYGAUGUUCUUGUUGCGAACUUGGGCGAAAUAACAAUCAGGAAUACUCACAUGGUUGAAAUAAUCGAAGACGCGGACGAAUCUGGUGCAGUUGAAUAUGACAUUGAUCUUGUCCAGGUUGAAAUCCAGGAUAUGAGUCUCUACUCAUUGACUUUGUCCACUGAUGAACUAAAUAAGUUGUCCCAUGGACAGACAUUGACGGAGUCAUUCCUUGGUGGYAGCCCAUCUAAGGUACCUAAAUCAGGCACACAUAUUCUACACCAGACAGGCCUACAAGYGAGUGUAGAAAGAAGAUCUGAGCUUCAAGACAUGMUGCAAGAYGCUCCAAAGAAUAAGCCCACUAUAUGUGUGGAUGCWAGGAUAUUAACUCCWCUGAAGCUUGAGCURUCGACWUACACUUAUGAACAGUUGUUGASCACAGUAGAUAACCUUGGAGGAGAGAAAGGUUCCUCUAAAGUACCUCCUCCCGCUAGUGAACAGACGACACCGUCAUGGACCCCUCCAACGCUAUCACCAAGUUUGUCACCAACGUCGUCAUCAUCUAAUCUUCAAUCACUGCUGACUGACCAGGGCGUUACCUCAAGACGAGUAACAUUUGCUCCAGAAACACCUUUACGCAAGGUUAAAAGCCCAAAUGAGGAACACACAGACGUCGAUGAUGACAAUACACCAGCMCGAGCGAACAUAACUGUACCGCAUUUUAGCGUCAAACUCUGCGGAGAACUCAAAGGUGUUGAACACGAAAUCGUAGAUAUAAUGUUUCAUGAUUUUUACAUGAACUUYGAAAGUACGAACCCUACUGUCACUGUGUUCGACGUAUAUCUAGGUGGGCUACUCGUACAGGAUUUGCUACAAAGCCCCGAUUCUUCAUACUCCUAUUUAAUGUCUUCGUCACUAGCAUCACAAUCUAAAAACCUCCAUCGUUCGAUCUGUGCGCGCACUUCAGUUUUAUCAACAUCAUGUCCCACUGUAUCGGAGUGUGGAUUGAACUCUGAUUUAUCRACUUCUCUGCCAUCGUACUUUCCCGAGUCCCCAGUUCAUAAAGGUAUUCCGUUCCGUACGUUAUCGCCUCUGCGGCCUUUGAAGCAUGAAAAGUCGCCGUCGUUGCCAAGUGUUAGUCUUACUGAAGAAGGGAGUAUUGAGGUGGAGGAAAGGAGUCGGAAGAUGUCAGAGGAAAAACAAAACCACAAAGACAAUGCUUUGGCUACUAUUAAGGUUACGUUGGUUAAAAAGGAAAAUGAGGAGUUUGUAUCKAAAUACAAGUCGAAGACCAGCCAGGAUGAAGAAGAAAUCAGCACAGAGAUUGAUCUACAAGUCCAGUCCCUCACACUGACACUUAACAAGUCCCAGUAUCCCCUUGCCAAGGCCAAGGUCACGGGUCUAUCAUGUGACCUGAAGAUGAGGGAGGGUCACUUGACUGCAGAUGGCAAGCUGACGAGUGUUUCACUGACUGAUAUGUCACCACAUGGAUCUCUGUAUAGAGAAAAGUUCACUUCGUGUGGAGACGAAGCUUUGAGUUUCCACUACUUCAAGUAUGAUGACCCCGAUCCGUACUUACAAAGAGAAAACGACAUGAGCCUCUCACUGCGCAUGUCAUCAGUUCAGUACGUGCACACUAAACGGUUCAUCACAGAACUGAUAGCCUUCUGUCAACACUUCCUACAACUGCAGGAAGUCCUGGGUAGAAUGAGAGCUGAGUCUGCUGGUAACGAGGUAUCCUGGAUGUUUGGUCGAAGUGCUCGUAUAACUCUAGACAUCAAAGCUGGUAGUCCUGUCAUUCUCAUCCCUCGUUCCUCYAAAUCACCUCACAUGCUGGUAGCUGAUCUGGGGGACCUGACUGUUGACAAUGCCUUCUUAUGGGAGGAGUCCCCGGGGACUAUUGCUUACCCACUCACUAAAACGAGAUCUUCUUCUGAUGUCUCGAAAUCCAAUGCUCGACAGAAGUGUUUGUUAGACUGUAUGACGGUAGACCUAGAAGAAAUGGAUYUGUUUACUGCUGUCAGGGUCCCAGCCACUGUCCAACAUGGCGGAAGAAAGUUUACUUACACUAGACAAGGUGUUAGGUUGUUGAAAGAAAAAUGUCGACUCAACUUGAAGAUCGAACGCAACCUUGAUUGGUCCUUUAGCAAAGCUGUGGCAGACUUCUUGUGUAGUGGGCGUCUGUCUUCAGUGUAUGCCAGUUUAGAUUAUUCCCAGUACGGCUUGAUACUUGGUAUGUUGGGUGAGAACUUCGGGGAAGAACUUGAAGAGUUUGAAAGGCCUUCGUCAUUCUUGCAGGACCCUUUGGGUGAGCCCCCAGAGUUUGAAGAAGUAUGGACUACACUGAAGAUGAGCAUUGAGCUUGUGAAUGUCAGCCUAGAACUUCUUCCGGUCCAAGUGUUUGAGCAUCCGGAGGAAUAUCUCGAUACACCCCUCCCCUCCUUAGCCAGAAUUGACUUCGUUAGAUCCAAAUUUGAAUUCGAGACGUUUUCUGAUUGGUCAAAAACGAUUGAUUUGGUUUCUGCAGAAGUAAUCUUUGAGGACACAAGAGAUAUGGACGAUUCCGACCCAUGUGUCUUCAAAGAGGUUUUACUUCCUAAGACACGAAGAGACUCCUCUACAGAAGAGAUUUCCUUGCAGUUUGAAGUCCAUUACCUUGACACGACCAAAAAGACUCUCCUGACCUUCCUAUUCAACCACAGCCGUAUCGUGUUGAUUAUCGACUACGUACUGGAUACCUACAACUUUAUCAUGGGCAAGAUGUUCCCAAGUGAAGAACCCAGUAAGGUUGACCACAGCAACCAAAACAACGAGGAGGCACGAGAUUCAAACUCUGCCGUGUACCAGUCCCCACCGGCGGCUGAAUCAGGCGUGGUUACAAAGUGUGAGCUGCAAAAUUCUCAAGACCAGACACCUAAGACGUUUGAAAUGAAGGUCAAUAUAUCAGGAACUGAGUUUGUGUUACUGGAGAAUCUGGGCAGCCUGGAUACUAAUGCUGUCGUACUCAAGAUCACAGCAGUAUUAGCGUGGCGUCCUCAUCUCCAUACCCAGAAAUGGUUAUCCUGCAGCGUACAAAGCCUCGAGAUGUUCUCGUGUAUAUAUUCCUGUGAAGAAGAGACCGCACAGUCUAUUAUUGACCCUACAGCAGCUCUGAUUGAACUGAACAAUGCUAGACGUCAAGUUGGUCGUAGGACGGCUGGUCUCCUUGAUAUAACCAGCAGCCAGCUACCAAGUAUUGAGGUGAAUCUCCAUUCCUCCUUUAACAUGAGGAUCUCGUACAAUGACUAUAAACUCUACCUGGAAAUCUUUGAGUCGGUUACCAAACAGCUCAAUAAAGCAAUGAAGGCUGAUGCUAAACCACAACAAGAAACUAUGGAGCACGACUUUGAUGAGAAACUAGUUAAGAGACUCGUUGAACUUGGUUUCCAAGAAGAAGAUUGCAUCAAAGCUCUCACAGCAACAUCUGGCCGACUAGACGCAUCAGCAACAUGGCUACUAGAGAAUGCCACACCCAUUGUCCCUACAAACAGCGCUGCAGACAACGCUGGAUGGCAGUUUGCUGGGUUUGAGGUUCGUGCUGGUACUCUGUGUGUGUGUCUGAUUGAUGACUGCGGAGAUACUGAUGUUCCUCUCAUUGAGUUGAGCGUACAAAAUCUAUAUUUCUGGCAUGAUCUACAAGCCACUGGUGAUGGUGCAGCACACUGCUCCUUGACAGUUGAGUAUUACAACAGGAGCGUGUCUGGUUGGGAACCGUGGAUUGAACCAUGGAGGGUGCAAUCUUGUAUUCCGUACAAUAUCCACCACACCAUCACGGGUCGUCAUCACCAACACUGGGCUCAAGCUCACUCCACAUGAUAAUGAUCCCGACAAGAUGUCUGAAUGGAGAGAUGUACCACCUGGAUCUGAAAUACCCUUUGAAUUCAGCAGCCGUGAGAAAAUGAGACACAAGGAUACUCAUGACUUCAUAGUCCAUCAGAUCGUGGUCCAAGCAGAAGGUUGGACACAAGUCUCCCCAGUCUCCGUCGACUGUGUUGGGACAUUCUUUAGACAUGCACAGCCUGAUGGCAAAGCUGUCAGUUCAGUGGCUAGUGACGUUCAGCCAGUUCGUAUCGUAUUUAAAGUCACUUUAGAAGGCGGCGCCCGUAAAGUCGUUACCGUCCAAUCAGCUUUGAGUAUAACUAACAAAAUGGACAUUCCGUUGGAAAUCAAACUACAAGGUCAUACUUCAUUCCAAGGUUCUUUUACUCUCCCUGUGAUUCAACCAAGAAACUCCCUAACAAUCCCCCUGCAUGCUGUCACGUGGAAGAUCUAUGCCAGACCCCAGGGGGUGGGAGUGGGCUUCAGUUCUGCAGCCAUUGAAUGGAAGAGCGUUACCAAGGCUUUUGCAACGUUUGGAUAUUUAAGAGAGUGUCAUCCGAUUGGAAAUGGCUCCAAAUUCAGGUUUUGCACGUCUGUUCGACGCGAAGGGUACCCAGAAGACGAUCCCCUGACAGACUUCGUCCCCAGUAAGAGGCUCAAAAUGACACCCCAACCAGCACACUCCAUAACAAUACUCGCUCCCUUGGUCCUGGUCAACCUGCUGCCAUGUGAUCUCAGCUAUAAUAUCAAUAAUGUUGGUCUGAGUGGUGACAUUAAAGCUGGAAGAUCUGUACCUUUGUACUCGGCUGAUACCGAGAAGAGACUAGACCUGGGAUUUGGUAUCGAGAACUUUAACAUCUGUGAGAAUCUACGAAUCAACAAGCACGAUGGACUUCUUGAACAGACCAUCGCACACGUAGAGCUGCAAGACACAAAUAAAAGAUCUUUGGUGUUAAAUGCAUUGAUAAGUGCUAGGUCUGGAGGAGCACUAAGAAUAUCUAUCUAUGCACCAUACUGGUUAAUCAACAACACAGGUAUCCCACUGAUCUUCAAGCGAGAAAGUACUCCACAUGAUAUGGCUGGUCAGUUUGAAGAACAUGAAAUGGCUCGUAGUUUGACUCCUCUAUUGUUCAGCUUCUAUGACAGAGAUGCGCCAUUAAGAUGUCAGAUGCGGAUCGGCAAAUCCUUCCAUGAAGGCAGUGGGAAGCCAGUCUGGUGUACACCAUUUUCGCUGGAUAACCCACGAGAGUUCAAUCGCGUGCACGCGCGACAAGCCAAUGGACGGCCAGAUAAGGUGUAUGAUAUUGGUAUCGAUGUUCGGUUUGGGCGUGGUCAUUAUCAACUCACUAGGAUCGUUACAUUCGCUACUCGGUAUCAGCUUGAGAACAGAACCCCUCACACCUUGGCGUUCAACCAAAGACACUUCGUCAGGGACCAGGGAACAACGAACCCCGAGGGCACACUGACAGCGUUGCCAGGAGCAUUGGUGCUUUUUCACUGGGCAAGAACAGACCUCGACCAGUUGCUCUGCAUAAGGUUAAAUGACGUGUCUCACUGUCAGUGGUCUGGUGGAUUUAGAAUUGAUAGAGACGACUCAUUUCACAUCAACAUGAGAAGUAUCAAUGGAUGUUCCCUGUUCGUGAGAGUCGAGAUCAUGUUACGAGGUGCGACAUUCCACGUAGUGUUCACCGAUGCUUCUCAACUUCCACCUCCUUAUAGGAUCGAUAACAUGUCAGAGGUUCCUGUCAAAUUCUUUCAAGCUGGAACAGAGGAUCGCUUACGAACGAUACUACAGCCCAAACAGUCGGUUCCAUAUUCUUGGGACGAGCCAACGCUACCACCCGAGCUAGCCUUGGGUGUGAUGGAUGGCAGCUCGUAUGGUCGAUACUUCAUGAACAUAUUGGGAUCAGGAGAAAGGCUUUAUUACUACAAUCCUAUCUACAUUGUCUUUACUCACACGUUCACAAGUGCUGAUGGAUAUGAGUGUGGUAAGGUACACGCCAGACCAGUAGGUUCCUCGCCGUCUCUUGAUACGAAGGAGCUGGUUUUAGAUGUCCCGCAGGGUACUGCUGUAUUACUUAGAAGAAAGGAACCACUAAAGCGCUCUCAGCUGUGGCGCUUGACGGGAGGUGGACAGCUUCGCCACGAAGGAUCGUCACCGCCCACGGAUCCACGCAAGAAUUCAUCCAGUAAUACUGGACUUGUUCUGGAUAUUGACAGCCUGGCCCCGCCUACUUGUGGCAAAUACGUGCGUCUCGUUCUUAGUAAACCAAACCCUCGAAGGAAACAUUCACAGACCUGGUCAUUCACUGAAGACGGUAGAAUGAACUGUGAUCUUCCAGGAUUAUUCGUACAACCAAGAAAUGGCUUUGCUGGACUGUUCAAUGGUGCAGAUGCAGUCCUUGGCCCAGCCAACAUAACCAAGAAUGAUCACAUCCCAAUAGAACAGUGUAUAACCACGUGUAAGAUGAGACCAGGGUCUGGUUGUAUAGCAGUACAAGUCAUGCCUGAUGGACCUACUCGAGUACUACGCAUCAGUGAUAGCCUUCAACAGGAUGAAUCCGAGAAGGACUGGUUACUAGUGGAGAAGAAAGGCGGGAUGCGUCAGACUACAGUAUGUUCACUUGAAGCGAAAGAAGAUAGUUAUGAUCUGGAAAUGCAGGUUCGUUUGGCUGGAGGGAUUGGCGUGUCUGUUAUCAAUUCUGUGCCUGAAGAACUGGUCUAUGGUGCACUGGAACAGAUAGAGAUCGACUAUUUGCGAAAUUCGAAACUGGAGUCACUUGAAGUCACAAUUGGCCGACUACAGGUUGAUAAUCAGUUAUUUGGUAGUCCACUACCCGUGUUACUCUACCCUACACCUCCUGAGAAAGGUAGCAAGGAAGAAACGAUGACCCAACGACCAACCCUACACUUAUCAACCUGUAGGGAGCGAUCUAGACUACAGAAUGUCGAAAUAUUCAAGUCUCUGGACGUGUCGUUACGCAACAUGACCCUUCACAUGGAAGAAAGGCUCCUUCUUAGGCUCCUCCAGUUUUUUGGUUACGUACAACAAGAUGAGGAUGUCACUGUGACGAAUGAAGAAGACGAUGAAUCGUUAUACGAUAAUCAGAGGGCUGUUUCAGUUUCAACCACGGCUUCCAAGAAGUACUAUUUCGAACGUCUUCAACUGAACCCCCUGGAGCUAAAGGUGUCGGUGGCUUCAGCAGGACGCUUACCAGUAGAUCUUCUGAGACUCAAGCAAACACUUGGUUUGAUUCUGUUCAAUUUGGAGGAUGCUACAUUAGACUUAGAAUCGUUUUCUCGAAAUCAUCUGUUUGAAAGCUUGAAUUCACUGCUUGACUCCAUGAGCAAACACUACUACGAGGAGCUUCGCAGCCAGGCAGCAGCCAUCGUAGGAUCCAUAGACUUCCUUGGUAAUCCCAUGGGUCUACUGAAUGAUGUGUCUUCUGGUCUAGAGGGCCUUGUCAAAAGAGGAAAUAUUGGUGGACUUUUUGUGAAUGUUGCUCAUGGAGUGUCUGAUUCAGCUGCGAAGAUCACAGGUUCAUUAUCUGAUGGUCUCUGGAACGCAUCAAUGGACACCAAAUUCCAGGAAUCGCGUCAAGCAAUGCGAGCAGAGCGCUAUGACAGCAGCAGGGAACACUUUGUUGCUGGAGUCAAGGGUCUUGGUAUGGGUCUGGUCGGUGGACUCACUAGUAUCGUCACUCAGCCCAUUGAAGGAGCUCAUAACUCAGGACUUUCCAUGGCAAAUUCUACAUCGAACUCGUGAUGAACGCAGAUAACAGCAGUGUACCUACACCAUCGAAAAACCCCAGCAAAAGACCAAGAGUUAGAUGUGAUAAUGCAAAGAUAGCACAGAAGGUCGCCCAAAAAAUCAAUUAUUCCAAAAAUCUAUACGACGAAGUGCAACAAACUGUAAUACCAGGACCCAAAGAAUCCCUGUUGACCUCAUCACUAGGACGAGACUAGUAGACAUUGGUACUUGGAUGUAUUCAAAAUCGAAUUAGUCUAGAAAAUGAUAAAUAAUGGCGUAAGGAGAAAUGGUUUAAAAUGUACUGCGCAUGCUCCAAAAAGAUAGAGCCCGCGUUACUUUGGGUCUACGUCAAGAAAAAUUUCAAAUGCCUGAUUGGUUAAAACAGCGAAUCAAAGUAGAAUAACAAGCAUCACACGUUUGUUAAUAUUUAUUUAUUCAUGAAAAUCACACAUUUACGAGAGAUUUAAUCUCUGAAAUAUUACAGUAGGAAAAAAAGGCGCUUUUACAGUAUUGCCUGAUUUACAUAACGCGUUCGCCAUGCAUGGCUUCGGGUCAUGCGCAGUGCAACCUUCCUCCGUUGUUUUAGAACUAACAAGUUAUUUUAGCAUUAAUUUAGGUAAAUACAUGAUUUUAUCCUUGUCGUAAAAGGAUACUCUUUAAUGUUUCAAUCCUAGUCGGUAGAUGUUUCAACUUAAACCCUAACUUUUCCACAACAACGGCAACUACGUGUCAUUAGAAAUUAUGAAUUGAAAGAAUCUUAUUCUCGAAGGAAUGACACUUCGUCUGAAUCGAGAAAAUAUUUCGCCCAAGCUGAAAACGAUCAUAACACGAAAAACAAACCGGCAUCAAAGUGACAAACUUGAUUGGUUGAUUUUGGUAUCUCUUAAAAUUCAUGAAUAAAGUUAAAGUGGAACAAAAAUGUUAGCAAAAGAAGAAAAGAUUUGAGAAUUUCCGGUUACCUUGUAGUAAAAAAAAGAAUGAAAUGUAUAUAUUUUUUGGCUGAGGAGUACUAUAGCUCGCACGCAUUCGGACUCGUAAAUUUACAUAACUGAUUUUUUUAUAAAACAUAAUAAUUCUGUAAAAUGUGGAGCAUAUUUUGUUCUGACAAAAAAAAAAUUCAAAAUGUCACACGAAAAUUGUCAAGAAAACUUGUGUUAUAAUAGUCUACGAAAUUGUAGAACAAAUAUCUUGGAAAUAGGAAUCGAAUAGAAACAAGAUUUCAUUGGCCGGCCCGAAAUAGAAGGCUGUAUAUUGAAAUAUUUCUUCAGUUUCUUUAUGGAAAGAAGUGUAGUCAAGUGGCUAUUUCGUGUCUUUUUGGAUGGCGUCUUAAUAUAAGUUCAAUAAUUUUAGAACGUUUUUAUGAAAGACAAGAAAUUCCAAACUUAAGGACGAGAUACACUUAAUAUCCAAAAAUGCGGGGAAAAGUCACGUGACCUAUCCAGACGGCUCCCAUGUUGGCCGAUAUGAAAAAAAGAUGGCGGCCGUGACGUCGGUAACGAAGCCAAAGUGCUUCGGUAAAUCUUGAUUCUAAUGAAUUAGUUUCUAGUAUUUUUCUGUUCUUGUUUCUUAAUAAAGCAACAUUUAAUUUAUUUAGGGAACAUUUGUGUUUGUGAAUAAAGAGUUAUAUAAUUAUUAUUUGUUCGACAAAAUUUGCGGAUUUCGUACGCAACAAAAUUUUUUAGAUUAACAGACUGAGCAUGUUUUAUAAUUAUGCUUUUCAUAUGCACAUGAAUGUAUAUGUAAUAAAAUAGUUCCAUGAAGA